AUGGACAAGAGAAAGAAAGGCUCUGCUCUUGAACUGAGGUUGAUGGUGGUCGGCAGCAGUGGUCCUUCCCAGUUUCAAUUGACCAAUGCCAUAUUAGGACGUGAAGAGUUCCCUAAGGAAAUUUACAGCGUAUGCUGCUCCACUAAGAAGAAUGGGGAACUGGCUGGAAGGCGUGUAGCUGUGGUCAACGGGCCCAACAUCUAUGAUAAAGACAUAACCGCAGUUAAAAGGGAGAAUGAGCUGAGAAGAUCCAAAUGCUUGUGCAUACCUGGACCACAUGCCUUUCUGGUUGCGUUUGAUGUGGACAACAUAUCCCUCAAUGACUUGAAAACCCCCAAAUUACUCAAAAAGCGCUUUGGAAGGAACUGUGUGAAACACUGCAUGGUUCUGCUUGCACAUGAUGGACCAUUAGAGAGUGCUGUACUGGAGGAAAGGGUAAAAAAAACAAACUGGUACUUGAGAGAACUCGUGGAGAAAUAUGAGGGUCGUUUUCACAUUUUUAACAAGAACUGGCGGGACCGUAGCCGCGAUAGGGAACUACUGCAGAAAAUUGAGUGGAUGGUGGCCUCGUUGGGGAGUGCGUAUUUCUCAAGCAGCAGUUUCCAAAAGGCAGAGGAGAGUGUGAAGAAAGAGGAAAAGAGGUUAAGAAAAAAGAGAACAGCCGAGAUCGAGAGGACUUGGACUGAGAUGGGGAAGGAGUACAUUGCAGAAGACUUGUAUUGCAAAAGAGAUGCCUACACAGCCAGCGUCAGUGCAGAGAUUAGAGCUAAAGCAGAAAUGGACAAUGGCUGGCUCAGGAAGUCCUUGGCUCGAGGGCUGGGGACUGGACUGGUUGUAGGGGCCAUUAUGGGUGCUCUGGUCGGGUCCAUAGAGGGGCCGUGGGGUAUGAUGUUGUAUGGGGUGAUAGGCGGAGCAGUGGGGGGCUCGGCUGGUGGGACAGCUCAGGUAGCAAUAAAACACAUAGAGAACAGAGUGGCACCAACUGCAAGACUGAACUUCAAUUCCAUCUUCAUCAAUCGCUUCUUUGCUGCUCCUCGCAGCUGAACUUGAUUACUAUGUGUUGGGCUGAAUAAAUAGCACUAUAACUUUAUGAAAUGGUAAAUGGUCACAUUUUAUAUUUUCUUUACAUCAAGGAAUCACUCA